AUGGAGGAGUACGUCGUCUUAGCUGAAGGUGAGAACCGUCCCUCGUCGAUUGUCUCAGCAUUCUUACAAUUAGUGCAAACCAUUAUAAUUAAAAUUGUAAACUUAGUACUAUUAUUAGCACCAUCAUUUGUGACAAAGAUGCUUUCUAAAAACUACCAAGUGACGCUUUCACUAUCUUCGAUAUUGAUGGCAAUUGGAAUACUAAUGGUAAUUGGUAUACUUGUAGUUAGAUAUAAAUAUUUGACAGGCUAUCUGAAGAACACAAAAGGUGGGGUACAUACUAAGUCAUCGGAUAAUAAGAAGACAAAGUCGAUUAAUUUGGUGGACUCUGUAGAGAAUAAAGAAAAGAAAGAUUCAAGAUCCACUAACUAUCUUGACGAGUUCUUGAGUGCAAUUAAAUCUUUCGGUUAUUUAGAGAGGCCAGUAUUCCAUGAAUUGACUAAGAAUAUGACCACCCAGAGGGUGGCAGCAGAUGAGAUUUUACACGUAGAUGAAUCUUUAGGGUUCCUGAUCGUAGUUGAAGGAACAAUACAAGUAUUUAUAAAAUUAAAUGAAAGUGCUAAUAAGAAACAACUGGACGGUAAGAUUAGCAGCAGUGAAGAAGCUAUACAUGAUGGUGAUCAAGACGACGACGACAACGAUAGCUCUGAUGACAGAGACGGUUUGAAUUUCGAUUUGGAAAAUGAUGAUUACAAGGGUGACACCAUUACCAUUGGCACACAGAAAUAUCAAUUGCUAAAUGAAGUUAAGAGUGGAGCUCCUCUCUCAUCAUUGAUGAGUGCAUUAGAUCUUUUCAAAGUAGAAGAUAGUGUGAACAGCAUUGAAUUUUCAAAUACUACAUUAAACUCUCCUAUCUUGAGCCCAAGGUUCACUGUUUCCGGUAAUGCAAGUCCGAUUAGUGACCAAGGAGUAUCACCAUUCGAUGGUGACCAUCUCUUCAAAAAUGAGAUUCCCAAGGAGAAGAACAUAUACGUAGCACCGACUAUUGUCUACCCUGAGAUAAUUGCCAGACCUAAAGUCGAAAAUGGCCACUCUUCUUCUCAUUCAACUUUCUCACCUGCUACUAUAGCUAUAAUUCCUAGACUGGCGUUCCAGAGAGUUCAAUCCAAAUACCCCAAGGCCAGCUCGCAUAUAGUAAUCAUGGUACUUACUCGCUUAUAUAAAGUUACCAUGAAUACAAUCCAUAACUACUUGGGACUAACAAAUGAAAUUAUUCACUCUGAGAUUAAGCUAAACAUAGAUAGUACUGAUAGUAAGUUACCAAGAUAUUUGAGAGAUGGGGUAAUUGAAAGGUUCAAGAAGAAUACUUUCUCUACGACAAAUGAAAGGAAGCACAAUGAAGAUGCAAGUAUGUCACCUUCCUCGCUAACAUCUCUCUCACAGACACCUUCAAGCACAACCGCAAACUCAACAAGCAUUGGGAGGUCUAACAGCAAGUCUAUAAAGUCUGUUCCUUCGUCAGUGAGAAUUUUCCCCCCUCUGGUUACAAGAACUUCUUCCUCAAGAUAUGUUGUCUUAGAUUCUCGUAGCAAAUCGACUCAUCCAGGAGACUUACUUUCUUCGGUGCCUCUUUCGAGAAGGCCGGAUAGUAGACCACAAAAAGUCGUGGAGAAAGGAGACAGCUUCACAACUUUUCUGCAAGCGUCAACAAAGUCCUCAGCUUCAAUAAGAGAGUUAUCCUUUUCUUCGGAUCGAGAAGAGACUGAAGAAACAUCAUUGCGUAUUGCAAUUAUUGAAAAUCUUUUCAAACACUUAGGAAUAAAAGAAUUAGAGCUUUCAAAAAUUAUGCAAAAUCCUUUAACCAGGUUUCUGGUAUCGAGCCAAAGCGUUUUGCUGUCAAAAUCAUCAUCUACUAAUGACUUAACAGGCUUAUGGAAUGCAAUGGAUGCGGGAACAAGUUUGUCGACUAUUGGAAGAAAUGUAGGACUUGGAUCAAUGGCAAAAGGAUCGAUUCAUAAAAACCAUUCUUACAAGUAUGAAACGAUAAACAAAAUGGACUACUUCUCAAUCGAAGAACGCCUAAAAGCAUCUUCUAAUAACAGGGAGAUUUCGCCAAGCUUAAACAAGGACAAAGAAAAUACUAAGAAACAGAAGAGAUCCAGUUAUCUGCAAUAUGAUUUUGUUGAUAUGAAACAUGAAUUUUCUAAAUACUUGGAAUUGAAAUACUAUUCUUCAAAUUCAGUACUCGUCGAACAAGGUAAAUUUGAGUCUGGAAUGUAUUAUGUUAUAGACGGAUCUUUAGAUAUCGUUAACGUUUCUGGAAAGAAUGAAAGAAAGUUAUACACAGUAAAGGAAGGUGGACUAGCAGGCUACCUUAGUGCCAUUGUUGGUUUUAGAUCCUUAGUGACGAUUAGAGCUCCUAAAGAAAAAGGAGUCAUUGUUGCAUAUAUUUCGAGAAAAAACUUCUCUAUGCUAAGUGAUAAGUUCUAUUUUGUUCAGUUACCAAUUGCCACUAAGCUAAAGUCAUUGUUAUCUAAAAAGAUCUUAAUGAUCGAUUAUGCAUUAGAAUGGUGUCACAUUCCCGCAGGAAAUGUCUUAAGCGCACAAGGGGAUAUGGCAAAUGGUUUCCACAUAGUAUUGAGCGGUAGAUUUAGAGUUGUAAGGACAGAGAAGGGGCAGACAGCAAGUGAACGUCUUAAAAAUAGUAAGGACGCACCACUCGAAACCAUUAUACUUGGUGAGUAUGGUCAUGGUGAAUCUAUUGGAGAAGUUGAGGUAUUGACUGCUUCGCGUAGAACUAGUUCAUUGAUUGCAGUCAGAGAUUCGGAAACAGCCAGGAUCCCAAGAACAUUAUUUGAAAUUCUAUCUAUUCAAAACCCAUCAAUUAUGAUUAAAGUCUCAAGAAUUGUUGCUGAUAAAUUAAUGAAUCCCAACAAUAAUAUACUCCAACAGCAGCAAGUACUAUCAACCACCAUAUCUUCAUCUACUUCCAGGUACAUAUCUACUGACUAUAAGACUAUAACUAUUUUACCUACUACUUCUGGACUUCCUGUAAGAGAGUUUGCAGACAAGUUGGUUCACGCAUUAAAGAGUAUUGGCCGUACUGUUAUUUCUUUAGAUCAGGCUUCAACUUUGACUCACUUAGGUCGCCAUGCUUUUGACGAGAGACUCUCUCGUUUGAAAUUGUCUGGGUAUUUUGCAUUUUUAGAAGAAGAAUAUGAGACUAUUGUGUAUAUAUGUGAUUCGCCUUUAAGAUCAAAUUGGACAUCAACGUGUAUUUCUCAAGGUGACUGUAUACUAUUGUUAGCUGAUGCGGAGGAUAAAGAAAUUGCUGCAAGUGUUGGAGAUUAUGAAAAGUUAUUGCUAAGGCAGAAGACAACAGCCAGGACUGAUCUAUGCCUAAUCCACCCUGAGAAAUACGUUGAAGCUGGCUCUACCAGUUUUUGGUUGAAAAAUAGAAUCUGGGUACAAGGUCAUCACCAUAUUCAAAUGGAAAUUACGAGAGAAAACACUGAAGAAGAAAAUAUUAAUUCUACAAGUGCAAGUUAUUCAUCUUCGAACUUACUUAAAGACUUUGCAGCUAAGAUGGCCAACCCAAAUUUGAAAUUAAAGUUAGGUUCUAAAACAUUAACUUCCUUAGUUAAAAACCUUAAUGAUAGGAGAAUACAACGAAGACUGAGAAGGCAUGGAGACAAUAGCAUAACAUCUAGCGUUGCUACACAUAAGAACGAUUUUUUAAGAUUAGCUAGAAUUUUAUCCAAUGAAGCGGUUGGAUUAGUAUUGGGAGGUGGAGGAUCAAGAGGAAUUUCUCAUGUUGGAAUUGUAGCAGCAUUAGAAAAACAUGGGAUACCAAUAGAUUUAAUUGGGGGUACAUCUAUUGGGUCCUUCGUUGGUGGUUUGUAUGCGAAGGACUACAAUAGCGUUUCCAUAUAUGGUAGAGCAAAGAUAUUUUCAAUGAGAGUAUCAUCAUUGUGGAGAUCAAUAUUAGAUCUAACUUAUCCUGUUACAUCAUACAUUACUGGUUAUGAAUUUAACAGAGGUAUCUGGAAGACUUUCGGAUCAAGUGAAAUUGAAGAUUUUUGGUUGAAAUUUUAUUGUAACUCUACCAACAUCACUAAUUCAACCAUGGAUAUACAUGAAACAGGAUAUCUGUGGCGGUUCAUUAGAGCUUCCAUGUCCUUAGCUGGUCUUCUUCCACCAAUUGCGUAUGAUGGCUGUAUGCUAUUAGAUGGAGGGUACUUAGAUAACUUGCCAGUUGAUGAAAUGAAGAAGAAAGGUGCUAAGUAUAUUAUUGCCGUAGAUGUUGGAUCUGCAGAUGAUAGAACGCCUAUGAAUUACGGAGACACUCUUUCAGGAUUUUGGGUUUUAUUUAACCGCUGGAAUCCAUUUCUGCAACAUCCUAAUGUUCCAAACAUGAUGGACAUUCAAUCCAGAUUAGCAUAUGUUGCCAGUGUUAAUGCGUUGGAGAUAGCUAAAAGAACACCCGGAGUAAUUUAUUUGAGACCUCCCAUUGAAAAUUAUGCUACCUUAGAUUUUGCAAAAUUUGAUGAAAUAUAUCAUGUUGGUAUGAACUAUGCUGAGGAGUUCUUCUUAGAGUUAGACAGAAGCGGUAAGUUCCCCCAAAUUGCUGGUAGAGCUGAUAAGAGUAAAAAAGUAGAGGAUCCUAAUACUUUCUUGCAAAGAAGAAAUUCAAUUUAA